ACCUGGUAUAUAGAGCAGCCGCCGCAGCCCCAAUUCCCGCACUGGCGAGAAGCUGCGCCUGCGACCCCUGCCCCAAGUGCUCGCCUGCAGCCCCCUUCCCCGUGCCCUGCCGCCGCAGCAUCCGCGAGCUCCGCCUCUGCCCGCCUCUCGCUCUGUGCAUCGUCGCCCCUGCUGCCUGCGCCUCCCACGGCUCUGACUACAGAUUUCGGGGGUCCUUCUUCCCCGCUGCGCGGCGCUUCGCACGCCGGCUCUCCCUGCGUCCUCGUCGGGCCGCUUGCUUCACACCUACUGUUGCUUCUCUGCCCUGGGCCGCUUUUGGGGGGCGUCGCUGCAAUCCCCGCUUUGGGCUUUGCUCCAUUCGCUGCACGCCGGCUGCACCCCCUUUUUGGGGCUCCGGGUCCCGUUCCUAGCGGCUUUUUCCUCCAUCUCCGCUGAGUCCGCUGGUCCAGCCGCUCCCUGCGCAGGGCAUCGCGCCCGGGAACCCAACGCGAAGCUUGCGGCCGGGCGAGACCGGCUCCGUGGGGGUCUCCCCAGCUCGCCGCACGUCGGCUGUCCUGAAGGCCCCCCCUUGUGCUAAGCGCCCCGCCGCGUCGCUUCUCCCCUUCUCCAGGCCUCCCUAGCCCCCGGCCCCAGAGCCGCCGACAUGGUCACGGAAAAGGACAAGAGGACCGGCGGACAGGUGUGGGAGCAGUGGAAAGAGUUCGUGUGGAAUCCGCGGACUCACGAGUUCAUGGGCCGUACCGGGAGCAGCUGGGCCUUCAUCAUCCUCUUCUACCUCGUCUUCUAUGUGUUUCUAACUGCUAUGUUCACCCUCACCAUGUGGGUCAUGCUACAGACAGUUUCAGACCACAUUCCCACAUACCAGGACCAGCUUGCAACACCGGGCCUGAUGAUCCGUCCUAAGACAGAGAAUCUUGAGGUUUUGGUCAACCUCAGUGAUAGCAGCAGCUGGAACGAGCAUGUACAGAUACUUGACAAAUUUCUAGAGCCCUACAAUGACUCGAUCCAGGCCCAGAAGAAUGAUGUCUGCCGCCCAGGGCACUAUUAUGAACAACCAGACAAUGGGGUUCUCAACUAUCCCAAACGGGCUUGUCAGUUCAACCGGACACAGCUGGGUGACUGUUCAGGCCUUAACGAUCCUACCCACUAUGGCUACAGCACUGGCCAGCCCUGCAUCUUUAUCAAGAUGAACCGGGUUAUCAACUUCUAUGCAGGAGCCAAUCAGACUAUGAAUGUUACCUGUGCAGGGAAGCGGAAUGAGGAUGCCAAAAAUCUUGGUGACUUCACUAUGUUUCCUGCCAAUGGCAACAUUGACCUGAUGUAUUUUCCCUACUAUGGCAAGAAGUUUCAUGUGAAUUAUACACAACCUCUGGUGGCUGUCAAGUUCAUGAAUGUGACCCGCAAUGUGGAAGUAAAUGUUGAAUGCCGCAUUAAUGCAGUCAAUAUUGCCACCAAUGAUGAGCGGGACAAGUUUGCUGGCCGAGUAGCUUUCAAACUCCAAAUAAUAAAGACCUGAAUUUACUCGCACACCCUUCCCUCUCCCCUCUCUUCCUGUGCUUUAUGGAAUGUGCUUUCUGGAUGCUUCCUCCUCUGCCUGAAGUCUUUUUCCCUGCCCCUUCCCAGCCCUUUCCUUACCCCAAAGGUAACUGAGCUAUGAUUUAAUUUACACUUUUUCUCAACUCCCAUUCCUGAAGGGUGAUAGCCAUUUUGAGUCCCUGGAAAAAUACCUACUUGCCCUGUAGCUAUGGGAGAGGUUUUAGAGCAGGGCUGUCAUCUUUUCCCCUUUACUUACAAGUUUGUUUCUAAUACCUUGCAGGUAUUUUUAUGGUUACUGAUGGAAUAUUCCUAUAAUUGCCCCCAAUUUCCUCCUUUUUCUUUAUUUCUGUGAACCCAACAAAUGGUCUCUCAAUAAUAUUCAUGGCUUCCCUGGUAGUGAUAGUAAGAGAGCUGUUAGAAGAGUCACUUACUCUUAAUUUCAAACCCAUCUCCCCUUUCCCUUACUUCCUGCUUAGUGAUAAAAGAUAAAUUUGGGAACCUGUUUAUCCUGGGCCCUUCCUUCCUAAUUUACUAAUUCCUUUCCCAUUUGCUCUCCUCACCAAAGCUGUUAGAUGGGCGAUUUUUGGGUUGAGAUUUAUCCAACUUUUUUCCUUCAUCCAUUUCCCACACCCACACCGAAGCCUUUAAAUUUCCCUUUCUAGGUCUCAUUGUUCUAACGAUUCCUGACUCCCUUCCCCAUAAGGCAGAUGUUUGAGCUGAAAAGAUGGGGGCUCUCUUCUGUGGGCUUUAAAGGAGGGUCUUUAAGAAUAUGGAUGCUAUUUUUUUGGUUAAAAAUUCACAAAUUUUGUCCCUCUCUUCCAAUCCUCUCCAUAACCUAGUGUCUGUUACUCCAAAAGACUUUUUGGAGUCAAUUUUAUCUUUGCAUAAUUUCCUUAAACAUUUCUCUUGAAUAUUUUUCCCACUCUCAUUUUUCUAUGCCACCAUUGCUCCAUUUUUCUAGUGUUUUGAGUGGCCAUCUUGAACUGGCUUUGUCCCCAGAUUGCCACCUUGGAAACCUCAUCUGGUCAUGAUAAUAUGCCACAUUCUUUGCCUAUCCCCUCCCUCCUCCCUAGCUUUUAGCAAAUAAUUAGCUAAUUAAUACUCCUUUUCCAUUCAACAUUUAAAAUUCCUUUCUCAAUUUGAAAAUGGCUCCCCCUCCUUCAUGCCCCCUUUUUUAGGCCUGCAAUUACCAUGUUUAGAAACCCCUGUUCAGAAGUAUUUUUAAAUCGGGUUUUAAUAAUUUUGCCUUCCAUUCCAAAUCUAAUUCUUCCCUAUUAAUGCUGCACUCUCUUCUUCCUUGAGGUUAACUUUUUUUCUUAAUCCUACACAAGGCCCGAGUUAAAAUCCUGCCUAAUAAUUAAUAAAUUUGCCCAUGGCCAUAGUUAUUAAUCUUUUGAGCCUCCCAUUUCCUUGUCUGUAAAAUGUAUAUUAUCUCAGAGUUAGUUUAAAUGAGAUAAAUGUUUCAAAACAUAGCUAAAUUCUCUCACCCACCUCUGUGCCAUUUCCCUUUACCUCCUCCAGAAGUCUAUCUCCGCAGUUAUUUAAUGCCUGUCAGAUCUACUGUAAGAUAAAAGUACAAUGCAGAUUAUAUGCAUAUAUAUACAUAUAUAUAUAUUACCCAA